UUACCUCUCCAACCGGUCAUAUCUCUCUCCUCCCUCUCUUUAUAUACUCUCUCCCACUCCAUCUCCUUCUCUUCUCAUAUACACAACACAUAUAUUCUCUCCAGCAUUUACACACUAUAACUUUUAACAACUAUAAUCUCUCUCUUUACAUGCUGUGAAAAUUAAUGUCCAGGAGAGAGAUGGAUCGGAUCAAAGGCCCGUGGAGCCCCGAGGAAGACGAUAUGCUGCAACAGCUGGUCCAGAAACACGGCCCACGAAACUGGUCGCUUAUCAGCAAGUCCAUUCCGGGGAGAUCCGGGAAGUCUUGUAGGCUGAGAUGGUGCAAUCAGCUGUCUCCGCAAGUGGAACAUCGGGCUUUUACUCCGGAAGAAGAUGAGACGAUUAUUAGGGCCCAUGCUAGGUUCGGUAACAAAUGGGCCACUAUAGCCCGGCUUCUCUCGGGUCGAACCGACAACGCGAUAAAGAACCACUGGAACUCGACGUUGAAACGUAAGUGCUGUUCCAUGAGCGCUGAUGAAGCUGAGGACUUUCCUGAUCCACGGCCGUUGAAAAGAUCGGUUAGCGACGGGUCGGGUUUGCCGGGUUCGGGUCUUUACUUGAACCCGCCCAGUCCUGAUGGAUCUGAUGUUAGUGAAUCUAGCUUGCACGUUACGGCAUCGACGUGCCACGUGUUCAAACCCACGCCAGGUCGGACUUGUGGUUUGUUUCCAGCUCAGAUCGAAACGACGUCGGUUGGUAAAAACGAUCCUCCAACUUCCCUGUCCCUUUCUCUCCCUGGAAUCAGUUCCAGUCCAACCGAGUCGACUCAGUUGCCACCCAACUCGGUCCCUGUAAUUCCCGCUCCGGCAGCAACCGUGAAUCCAAUUCCGGUGACUCAACAACCGCCGGCGGUGUCAGCGCCGAUUGUGAAUGCGGAGUUUUUGGCGGUGAUGCAAGAGAUGAUAAGAACGGAAGUGAGGAAUUACAUGUCAGGGAUGAGUAUACAGGAAAUGAAUAAUAAUAAUAAUAAUAGUGUAGAAGGUUUUAGAAAUGCUUUGGUGAAGCGAAUCGGAAUUAGUAAAAUCGAUUAGAGGUAAUUUUGAAAUUACCCAACAACAAAAGAAAGAAGGUAAUUUUGUACAGUCGGUGAGGAGAGGUAUCCAAGUUAUGAUGCAAUCAUAAAGAUGAUAAGAUCAGUUGGUUAAUUGAAGUAAGAAUAAUAUUAUUUAUUUUUGUUUGAA